AUGUCAUCAUUAGGAGAGCGUGGGUGCAUUCCUCUAAUAGUUCAGCCUCAGGCGAAUAAAGUGGGCUCACAUUUUCUCUCGAUCUUUCCCUAUUCAGUUGUUUGUCUCUGUUGCAAAAUUCAAUCUGAUCUCAAGAGAUGCUUAAGAUCCCAGAACAUCAAGUCGCCGGACACCAUGCUAGUAAUGGAACCCUUGGCCCUCUCAUUGACGAUUCCGGUCGUUUUUACAAGCCUCUCCAAGGCGAUGAACGUGGGUCAGCUGAAGCAGCCUUCUAUAAACAAUUUUCUUCAAACACACAAAUCCCAGAUCAUAUUCGCAAAUUCUUCCCCAUCUUCUAUGGCAUUCAAGUCAUGACUGCAUCCGAUGGAUCUGAACACCCUCACAUCGUGUUACAAGAUCUUACUUCCUCACGCCUGAAUCCCACCAUCAUGGACAUCAAAAUCGGGUCAAGAACCUUCGGGCAUGAAGCUUCAGAUGCCUACAUUGCAAAGUGCUUGAAAAGAGAUCGCGAGACCACUAGUCUUCAAUUAGGGUUCAGGAUAUCCGGUUUGCAAGUUUACAUUAAUGAUGAAUCCGGGUUCUAUAAGCCUCCUAGAGAUGAUGUCCUGAAAAGUGGUUUAGACGACGUUAGAUUUCUUUUUAGGAGAUUUGUGUCGUCUAAUCUAGCUCCAGCUGCAGUCCCACAAGAGCUAGAAGCGAACGCUGCUUUAGCGUCCAACGUCUAUGGUGGGACUGAUGGGAUUUUGGCUCAGUUGUUGGAGCUCAAGGCGUGGUUUGAAGAUCAAACCAUGUACCAUUUUUGUGCUUGUUCGCUUCUUUUUGUAUUUGAGAAGCGGUUGGCGUUAGAAGGCGUGAGGCCAAACGCUCAAGUCAAGAUUAUUGAUUUUGCACAUGUUACGGAGGGUAAAGGUGUGAUUGAUCAUAACUUUUUGGGUGGAUUAUGCUCUUUGAUAAAGUUCAUAUCGGAAGUGCUUGGAGAUCGUGAAGAACAUAAAACUGAUCAGGAAGGAGAUAGCUAGACAAGAAUAAGACGUCAUUGACUAUAGUUAAUGGUUAGGAUGAAUCGAAUAAAGACUAGAUAGGGA